AUGUAGGAAUAUAAACUAAUCAAUACUCGAGAGUUCCCUAAAGGUAAAUUAUUAUCUAAAGAAUGGCAUAUACGAAUUAAGAAUGGUUUUGUGUAUGUAUUUGCUGUUGAUCAUGAUUAGGAUUUUAAAAAGGGGUCUGUAAAAUUAAAUAAUUGCAUACUUGAAACUAAAAUGAAUCGUAAUCUCAAGCUUCCGAUCAAAAUUGAAAACUUGAAAUUUGAGAUAGUUAUAGUAUAAGAUUAAUGUUUUCUGCUGAUGAAUGGAAGGAACGUGGAAGUUUUUGAAAUUUCCUAAAGGGAUUUCCAAAGUGAAAAUCGAUUAUAAAAUCCAAACCUCGACAUUCAAAUUCAAGAAAUGCUCGUGGUUUGCGAUAGUAUCCUGUCAGCUUUAUUUGAUAUGGAUUUCCAUACUCAGUAGCAUCAUAUCAAUGAACAAUUAUCAAAUUUGGAGAUAUUUCUAAAUUAGACCUAGAACUAAGAGUUAAGAGGUCAAAUUUAAGAUAAAAUUGAAUAGUUUAAUUAGAUUCAAUCAUCAAUGGCAUAACAAAUAAACUUUGAAUAAAAUAAACGGUAAGUGAAAAAAUAAAUAGUUAUAAAAGAGAUUAAAGAUUUGAACGAAGAAUAAAAACCUCAAAAACCUGAAAUACAACAGGACACUUGUUGUAUUAUUUGUAUGGACAGAGAGAUUACUCAUGCAUUAAUACCAUGUGGACAUUAGAAGUAUUGUGAAUAGUGUGCUCUUAUGUCUAUCAAUUUAUAGAAGUGUAGUAUCUGUUAAUAGCCAAUAACAGGCAGUAUGAAAAUUUUUCGUUGA